AUGAGUGCUAAACGAAAAUUAACAACUUUAACUUUACAAGAAAAGUUCGAUGUUAUUAACACGGUAAAAACUGGGAUGAAGAAAAAAGACGUAGCAGCUCAAUACGGGAUACCUGCUAGUACUUUAUCAACCAUAAUUAAAAAUGAAGCUGAAAUUUUAUUAAGGUACGAGAAAAGUGGAAACAUAUCAUACAAAAGAAGACGAGUGGCUGAAUUUCCUGACCUUGAAGAAGGUCUACUGACCUGGUUUAAGCAGUGCCGCGACAAAAACAUAAGUGUAUCUGGUCCUGUUUUACGCGAGAAGGCUGAAGAAUAUUCGAAACUGCUUGGACACAAUUCUUUUCGUGCUAGUAACGGCUGGUUGGAUUACGAGCCAAAAGAUAUAUUUAAUGCUGAUGAGACCGGCCUUUUCUUCAAGUGUCUACCUGACAAAACACUGAUUUUUAAGAAUGAGAAAUGCUAUGGUGGAAAACAUAGCAAAGAGCGAUUGACAAUAUUGCUAGCAACAAAUAUGACAGGAUCAGAAAAAUUGAAACCGUUAGUUAUUGGGAAAUCUAAAAAACCACGUUGUUUUUCUGGCUGUAAAUCUUUGCCAUUGGACUAUGAAGCUAACACGAUAGCCUGGAUGACAUCUGAAAUAUUCAAGGAAUGGCUACUGAAAAUUGACAAAAAAAUGAUUAAGGAUAAACGUAACAUAUUGCUUUUCAUUGAUAACUGUACAGCUCACAACUUAAUUCCACCAUUAAAAGCCAUAAUUUAUGGUAUCUUAAGUUUAGGCGUCGUAGUUGGGAGCUUGGCGAGUUACGUCGGUCCCAUCAAUGCCCUGGACAUAAUCGAUUUCGUCGAGUUCCUGUCAUCGGGGCAUCUUCCACCAGAACUGGUGGAAGCCCGAUGGUUUUUUGAGAGUGUCCGGUACGCCACGGAGCCGUUUGAAGUUCUUUUGGCUCCAAACCAUGAGGGGAUUAAGAGGCUCUCAGUCUGCGUCAUGGAGCAUUCCGAGAGCUUAACCCGUGCUGAAACCGGACCCUCUUCGGCGGAGUGA